ACCGGAUUGAAUCGGAUCGAGAGGAAAUUAACCACUGAUCACCUGAAGAUCAGACAGUGAGGAGAUCAGACAGUGAGGACGAUGAUGACGCUCAUCAGCGGCGGCUCCAUCGUCAGUGCCGAGGCGGUAUGGGACCAUGUGACCAUGGCUGAACGUGAGUUGGCGUUUAAGGCGGGAGAUGUCAUCAAGGUCCUGGACGCCUCCAACAAGGACUGGUGGUGGGGACAGAUCGAUGAUGAGGAGGGAUGGUUUCCUGCCAGCUUUGUCAGGGUCGAACCCCAAACAAAACAGGUUUUCUAUAUCAACCCAAUAGCCACUCCACGCUUCCAAAAUACUGCAGCAAAGUUAUGGGUGAACCAGGAGGAUCGAGCUAUAGAAUCAGCAGAGGGCACCGGUGAGAUGCAAAAUGGGCACCUGGAAGCAGGUACAGACUGUCUGUGUCUGGGCCAGGCUCUCCAAAACCGAGACCAGAUGAGGGCCAAUGUCAUCAAUGAGAUCAUGAGCACAGAACGGCACUACAUCAAACAUCUAAAGGACAUUUGUGAGGGUUACCUGAGGCAGUGCAAGAAGAGGAUCGACAUGUUUAAUGAAGACCAGGUAAAGGUGAUUUUUGGGAACAUUGAGGACAUUUACAGAUUUCAGAUGGGAUUUGUUCGGGAUUUGGAGAAGCAAUACAACACAGAGGAACCUCACUUGAGUGAAAUUGGACCCUGCUUUCUCGAACAUCAAGACGGCUUCUGGAUCUACUCGGAGUACUGUAAUAAUCACCUGGAUGCAUGUAUGGAACUGUCCAAGCUGAUGAAGGACGGGAGAUACCAGCAUUUCUUCGAAGACUGUCGCCUCCUUCAGCAGAUGAUCGACAUCGCCAUCGAUGGAUUCCUGCUCACCCCAGUGCAGAAGAUCUGUAAAUACCCCCUGCAGCUAGCAGAACUUCUGAAAUACACAGCACAGGAGCACAGUGAUUACCGUUAUGUAGCUGCAGCUCUGGCUGUAAUGAGGAACGUCACACAGCAGAUUAAUGAACGGAAGAGGCGAUUGGAAAACAUAGAUCGGAUUGCUCAGUGGCAGGCGUCUGUACUCGAUUGGGAGGGUGAUGAUAUUUUGGACAGGAGUUCAGAACUAAUCUACACCGGCGAGCUCUCCUGGAUCUACCAACCGUACGGCAGGAGUCAACAUCGAGUCUUCUUCCUCUUCGACCACCAGCUUGUUCUGUGUAAAAAGGACCUGAUCCGACGUGACAUUCUGUACUACAAAGGAAGGAUCGACAUGGACAAGUACGAGGUGAAGGACGCGAUCGACGGGCGAGACGACGACUUUAACGUCAGCGUGAAGAACUCUUUUAAACUACACAACAAGGAGACAGAGGAGAUGCACAUCUUCCUUGCUAAAAAACUGGAGGAGAAGAUCCGCUGGCUCCGAGCAUUUCAUGAGGAGCGUAGGAUGGUGCAGGAGGAUGAAAAAAUAGGUUUUGAAAUUUCUGAAUAUCAGAAACGUCAAGCUGCCAUGACGGUGCGUAAAGUGACCAAACAGAAAGGUGUGAACCCUAACAGGUAUUUACCCCCUCCAUCACCUCGCCCCUAGGAGCCUGAAUCCCAAGGACACCCCCAAAAAAUACAAUCCAAGAUUCAUCAAACUAGAGAAGACCAGAUCCAUUCUGCCAAAUAUUUUGAUAGGUGUUCUUUGUUGAGAGGUAGCUGAAAGAGAGGAGACUAUUUCAAAAGAGGAAAUUGGACAUCCUUGGACAUAAAUGGUGGAAAGUAAAUUUGAUUUAUUUAAAGAUCUAAAAAAUCUGAAGGUGGGUAUAGGUGUCAGAACAUCCACUGUUUAAUAGUUUUAUUUAUGAGGUGAUA